GGCCCGGCCGGCACGGACUGCUGCAGCCCCGGGAGCCUGAGCGCGGGGGCGGCCGCCGGUUGGCCGUGCGGAGCCCCGGAGCGGGUUGUCCACGUCUUGGUCAGAGCCAACAACUGAGGGGACUGGUGCCGGAUCCUGGAACAGCCUGGGCAGGUGCUAGACAGGCAAUCCCGAAUGCUAGACAAGUUGACCGGGUCUCCUAGCAACCUUCUUUAGGAACCUUGCCGGUGUUUGAUUAGAAAACAGGACAGAAGGCCUGCAAUUGAUGAGUUUACCUUGGGAGGACAUCAAAAGGUGAAGUCAGACGCUAGCAUGGGUCAGAAGGUCACCGGAGGAAUAAAGACUGUGGACAUGAGGGACCCUACGUACAGGCCCCUGAAACAAGAGCUCCAGGGCUUGGAUUACUGUAAGCCCACACGGCUGGACUUGCUGCUGGACAUGCCCCCCGUGUCCUACGACGUCCAGCUGCUCCACUCCUGGAAUAAUGAUGACCGCUCGCUCAACGUGUUUGUGAAGGAGGAUGACAAACUUAUCUUUCACCGGCAUCCGGUGGCCCAGAGCACAGACGCCAUCAGGGGGAAAGUGGGGUACACCCGCGGGCUGCACGUGUGGCAGAUCACGUGGGCCAUGCGCCAGCGUGGCACACAUGCGGUCGUGGGGGUGGCCACGGCAGAUGCCCCCUUGCACUCCGUCGGGUACACGACCCUGGUGGGUAACAACCACGAAUCCUGGGGCUGGGACCUGGGGCGGAACAGACUGUACCACGAUGGGAAGAACCAGCCGAGUAAAACCUACCCCGCCUUCCUAGAACCAGACGAGACUUUCAUUGUGCCAGAUUCUUUCCUGGUGGCCCUCGACAUGGACGAUGGGACGCUGAGCUUCAUCGUCGAUGGGCAGUACAUGGGCGUGGCCUUUCGGGGACUCAAGGGCAAAAAACUUUACCCAGUAGUAAGUGCUGUCUGGGGCCACUGUGAAAUACGAAUGCGUUACUUGAAUGGACUUGAUCCUGAGCCACUGCCUCUGAUGGACCUCUGCCGUAGGUCCGUCCGCCUCGCCCUAGGGAAGGAGCGCCUGAGUGAGAUCCAUGCCCUGCCCCUGCCAGCAUCCCUCAAGGGCUACCUGCUCUACCAGUAAUGUGCCAGCUCAACGCCUGCCACCAUUUGGGAGCAGGAAUCAGGAAAUCCAACUGUGCAAACCCACUGAGCCGCCACUGGGGUCCACAGCUCCCCCUUCACCCUACCUGUGCCCUAUCAGACUCCCCUCUUCCUUCAUCUGGCUGUUCCAACCUCACGAGCCAAGAUUUCCUCAUCCUUUCUUACACUCCAGUCUUCCUCCAGAUAAAGACAGACCCUAAAAGCAGGCUCAUCUAGUCUUCCUCACUUGGAAAUGGCCUCUUGGAGUGUGGGCAGACGAGUGCCCUUUGUAUAUCUGGAUUUUAUUUUCCUGUCUUAAAAAAGAGGGACUUUGUUUCCACAGAAGUAAUGAGGUAUGUCCUGGUCGACUCCAGGGGUGGGAGUACGGAGCCCACAGCUUCUGCCCAAACAGGACAAGACGUCAUCUCCGGAGGAUUCCAGGGCUCGAUGAUGGCCAGUUGGGGAAAAGUAGCCAUACUGGCAGUGAGGAGGCCGGAAGCAUCGAGGGUGCUUGGAAAUUGACCGAUGACUUCCCUUGGGUGGCAAGCGUGGAACCUCGUGGGUUACUCCUACACAGAAAAUGCCGCCAUUAACAAAGCUGACAAUGCCAAAAACUCAUUCUGGACACUUAAGAAAAAUAAAGGAAAAAAAGAAAAUGGGACCCUGGAAAAAGGCCGGAAAGCAACUAGUGUCAUUCCCUAAGAUGUUGUCUCACCCUGUACUCUGUAUUUAUUCUUUCACCAACAAAAAUCGAUUUAUUUAUUCCAUAUAGAAAGAAAACAUAUCCCUUUCUCACCAAUGUGUGUCUUGUUGCUCUCCCAUCCUUCCCACCCUCCGUGUGCUGCAUCACCUGCCCUUGGCCAAGUGGUGUAGUUAUGGGUAUGAAGGCUUCUUUGGUGGGUGGUUUUUGUUAUCUUGGCCUGUAGCUCCAAGGGGAGGUUCGGGUUGGGUGAGAAGCUUGCCAGGACAGCUCCUUCUUCAGGCUACAGGUUUCACGUGCAAUAGUGAUGCCUUCAGCGGUCCCCUGAAGCAGCUCUAACAGCCUGCCACCCUCCUUCAUUGCCUCUUACCUCUUGGCCAGACAUCCUUGCCCAGGAUAGUUAGACAUGCUGUUGUGAUAGGGUUUUUUUUUUGUCCUUCGGUUGUUCAAAUGUCUCAGGUAGGCUGCCAUCGCCAUCCUCCCCAGCUUUGGUAAUCUGAGAAAAUGUACGUUUUUGGUACUUUGUCCAUUGAGGAGGAGGGAGAGAGAGAGAGAGAGAGCGAGAGAGAGAGAGAGAGAGAGAGAGAGAGAGAGAGAGAGAGAGAG